AUGAAGGAAUUCAUGGUAGAGAGAAGCCCUAUAAAUGUAAACAAUGUUGAAAAGUCUUCACUACGUUGUCUAGCCUUAAAAGGCUUAAUCAGAAUCAUUCUGGAGAAAAUUAUUAGUGUGAACACUGUGGGAAAGCUUUUCCUUGAUUACUUUUGCUCACAUGAACAAAAUCACAUAGGAAAGAAGCCUUACGAAUGUAAACAAUGUGGAAAGCCUUUGCUUCAACUGGUGAACUUCACUCCCAAGAAAAUACUCAUACUGGAAAGAAUGUUACCUGGGUGCUAUGAGGUCCACAGGAAGGAAUUCUGGACUCCCCAGAAUGCAGAAAAUGGGGGACUACUCCAUGCACUUCUCAAACCCAAUCACAUGGUGGCAGUAGAAAACCACCAGCACCAUCCAAUUCAGAGCCAUUCCUCUGGUGACCCAUCCACAGACCAGGGUCUCUGACAAGCAAGAGUGACUUCAGCUCCUGGCACUGAGCAUCUGUUCUGCAGACAUUUUGCCCUGAGCCUAAGUGGUCUGUUAUUUAAACCAAAGGGAAGAUGCACCCUUUCAGAGCUCAUCUGCAGUGACCACCUCCUCCAGCGAAACCCCACUUGCCUACACUUAACUCCCAGUCAGUCCAUUCACAGUAAGAUGGACUGACAGAGUUAUACCACCCAUAGCCCAGUCAUUUCCCUCCUGAAUACCCCUGCAUUGACACAGGAGCUUUGGGGAUACCUCACAUCCAAACCAUGUUUUAAGCUCCGUGUUUUAAGAGCCACCUCAGAUGCACCUCAGGUAGGGAGCCUGCCCCAAACCCUCCUUCCACCCAGGACUGGCAUUCCCCCCGUGGUCAUCCAUGUGGUCUUGAUUCUUCAUCACACAACUUGAUCCUAAUGAUCUCAGACAGCAUCAUCCACUGGAUGCCUUCAUGAUUGGACCUUGAGAACGUUCCCCAAGGAAUGUGGAGAAACAGCUGCACUGUCUCAAUAAAGAUUAGACACAAUGAUAAGAGCAUGGUCACCUAGGUACUAUGUCACACUGCCCCCAAGCAGAAAGUAGAAAUUUGCUUUUUUAUAAAGAGCCUGUUAUUUAACUCUUUAUUCAUACAUCAUUUCAAAUUCACAGAAAAUUAGCAUGAAAAAAAUAAUACAACUAAUUCCAAUGAACUCUAAAUCUAGACUAACCUCUGAUUAACCAUGCACCUGUUUUGUUCAUAUUUUCUCUCUCCACUAAACCAGAACACCUCACGACCAUUUCCUCUAAAUAUCCACUAUGUAUUUUGUAAUGAUAUGAAUAUUUUCCCCUAGAAGGAGAAAGUCCUUGUCAACUUAGGUAUAUAAGGUGGAUCCAGGGUUGCUGUAUGAGGACUCUGAAUGCACAAGCAGUGGACAGAGGAGGCUCACCCCUGAGAGGAUCAAAGGGGUGCAGCACUGUGGAGUAGGAACCCAGGAGACGGCACCAGGAGAUCAUCAUCAUCUGAUGUGGAGAGAAGGAGAAACCAUGGAACCCAAAUCCCCUACUUUACUGUUUCCUGAAAGACAGGUCCCAUACUCAACAUUUUCCUCAGAGCCCCAGUGACAUCCUUAUUCCUGAAACUGUAGAUUAAGGGGUUCAGCACAGGGGUGAGAAUGGUAUAAAACACAGACACCACCAUGUCCUUCUGAGGGGUGUGGUAGGAGCUGGGGAGCAUGUAGGUGUAGACGGCAGCACCAUAGAAGAGUGUGACCACCAUCAUGUGUGAGGAGCAGGUGGCCAGGGCCUUCCUCCUGCUCUCUGCUGAGUUCAUCCUGUGGAUGGUGAGGAGGAUGCAGGAAUAGGAGCCUGAAAUGACUGUCACAGGGAUGAGGAGCAUGAGGACACAGCACAGGUACAUGAGUGUCUCAUAGAGCGAGGUGUCUGAGCAGGAGAGCUUCAUCACAGCAGGGACUUCACAGAAGAAGUGCUGGAUCUCCUGGGAUCUGCAGAAUGGGAAGGUCAUGGUGACAGGAGUCAGCAUGAAGCCAUCCACUGAUCCCAGGAACCAGCAGCCAGAUGCCAGGAGGAGACACACCCUGUGGUUCAUGAGCAUAGGGUAACGGAGAGGAUGGCAGAUGGCUAUGCUUUAGUCAUAGGCCAUGGCACCUAAAAAGAAAAACUUAGAACCUGCAAGUGUCAUAUAGAGGAACAUCUGUGUCCCACAUUCAGGGGCUGAGAUGGUACUUACACCCAGCACCUGAUCCAGGAGCACCUUGGUCACAGUGAUGGAGAGGGAGAUCAUUGAACUUCAGAGGUCACUGUCAGUCUAUGCAAGAAAAACACCAGUUAAAUGAGAUGAGGUGGGGUUUUUAAAUAGUGACAAAAUAAAUUAAGAAUAUGGGUGGACAGAAAACACACCUGGCCUUUCUUUAGGAAAUCAAUAAUGACUUCUUUCCCAUUUUCUCUUAAAGACAGUAAACAUUUCCAGCUCUCUGGUUCUGACAGAUUAACUGUUAAAUUUGAUGCACUAUCUACAGGAGAUUCUAUCAUCUCUUCUUAGAAAGACUAGCAUGAGCUAUAAUGCAGAGGUGUUCUUUUAAGAAAUUAAAGUUUUUGUUUGAACCCUGGUAACAGUCCCUAAAACCAGCUGUGGCACUUCACUCUUGACAGCCUUUGCUGGGAAGGGCUGAAGCAGAGAACACAGUGCUCCUAAUGCUGUAGCUCAGUGUCCAGCAUGACUGAGACCCAGGGCAGAAGACAGGAGAGGUGCAUAGAAGGGGGAAGGAAUGGUAGAUGAGUGGGUGGGUACAAGGUAGAAGAUAUUUAGAUGACACAGAGAUGAUAGGUGGAUGAAUAGACAGAUUUCCUCUCCAUCUUAUCCUACUCUGCCGAUAGAUGAAGGGCAAGAUCUAUGGAGAAUGAACAGGAAUCACAAUGGCUGCCCUAUCUACCUCUGUGGACAAAGUGGAGCAAGACCAGAGUCCACCAGCCGGUGGGAGAAGUGGACAGCACUUGAUGAGAGAACGGAGGGAGAGAGGAGGCCGUGAGGGGAAGGAGGCUCCUGGGGGAAUCUCUGCCACUGUCCUGGAGCAACACAUAGUGACCCCAAGACACCAGGGGAUCAGGGAACAUGGUCUGCUCCACAAACAGGGCCUGGCAUGCUCUCUCUCAUUCUUCUCUAGGCAGUUGCUGGAGUUUCAUAGGAACAGCUGGUGCAUGCUUCAGUAGGGAACUGGUAACAGUGCUGGUAGAGAAAUACUCAGCCAUCCCUAGAAACCAAAAGCAUCCAGGGAUCACUGUCUUCACCUUCCCCAGAGCCUCUGAGGUCCUCACAUCUUGUUCUUCCUAGUACAGACUGACAAUCCAGGGUCUCAGGCCUCUGCCUAACAUCACACAAGUGACUCAAGCGAGGGUUUGUAUCCUGCCCCUGGGUACAGCAGAGCACUUCACUGCUCAGUGUCCUUGGAAAAAAGUGUCCUCCCUCUGUCAUGGACAGCUCGGAUCUGGUCCACUCACCAUCUAUGUGCUUAGAGAAACAUGAACAUGCUCAGGAUACUUGCUUCCCAGCAUUGCUGCAAUCUCAGGAGUCACCUCCAUGUGAAGCAAGGACAGCCCUUCUCUCUCUGCAAAGUUGCAGUCUCAGGACAACUAGUACAGCUUCCUACCACCAUCUGAAGCAUAAGAAGGAAUGUAUAACAUUAUAUGUCCAUAAAUAAUUAGAAAUAAAAACUCAAAAUUUAAGAUGUUACAGUAAAUAAAUGUAUAUGAAAGUUUUAAGAUGAAAUUUUAUUUUAUUUUUUUCUGAA